UCAUUUCAAUACCAGACAGUUGUGUCACAUGCAUACUAGCAUCUCUCCUAAUACCAUCUCAUAAAUAAAUAGGGAGUGAAGCCAGGACCUGUGGAUGCCAUGGUUGUAGUGAAGCCCAAACCAGAUGCUACUCCGGCAAGCGGAAUUAGGUAUGCAGAGUCCAAUUAAAUAGGCAGACUACAAUGUGUUGCAAAAUAAAUGUUAUUAAUCGCUGUUAGAUUCUGGUGUAUUUCCUAGUAAACCCUUUACUUUUCCUCAUAUUGUUAUUCCAGAUCUACACUUUACAAGGGCUACAGCGGUGAGCUACCAGACCCAUCAACCCUCAACCCACUACCUGCCUAUGCUGACAUGGAACCAGACUCUCUUCCCCUUAUCUGCAGAAUGAACAUCACAUCUGACAAACCACUCGUGGACUCCAUUUUUGGCAAGGUACAAACUGGCAGUAUCCUGUCAUAUCAACACCCACCACCUCCACCUGACAGUGUUGUCAUCCAUGAGGAUGCACCACCGUUCCCAAAAGUGCCACUGGACGGUUACCAUUUACAACCAACCGACUGUUCAUACGAGAUCAUGACGGAUCAAGAAAAGCUUCACCUCAGUUCUCUGUCUGUGACUUUGUCACAGUCACACCUGAUUGAGGAAGCAACCAGAUGCCAAAGUGAAACACCCGAGUGGCAUUCACUGAGCAAGGAGAGAGUGACUGCUUCACAUUUCCGGGAGGUAAGCCAUGUUAGAUGUACAAGCACAGCAGAAAAACUGGCAGAUAGAAUUAUCAGAGGGACAAGACAAACACCACUAAUGAAAAGGGGGCUGGAAAUGGAAGCAGGUGCAUUGAAGGACUAUGCAGUUCAAAAAAAUCUGACAACGUGUGGGCUAGUCGUGCAUCCGGACGAACCUUGGCUGGGUGCAUCGCCUGAUGGGCUGGUAUAUGACCCACUUGAGCGACCAUCAUUUGGUCUAGUUGAAAUGAAAUGCCCAAAUGUAGCCAGCUACAUAGACUGC